GGGCGUGGUCUACAGACCAGGCCACGGGCUGUGGGCGGGGCACGGCCCGGAAACCUAACGCAGCAUGGCCCUGGGGGUCCGGGGCUUCUCGUGGCUCCGUGGCCUCCUGGGCGGGAGCGCGACGCCAUCCGGGGCCCUUCGGGGCGUGGCCGGGCGAGGACCAGAAGAGAGGAGAGAGUCCAUCUUCCCGAGGUCACCACUGUCUGCCACCCCACCUGUUCUCACCGCAGACAGAUUUACACGAAGCCAUUAUUAUCUCUGGUACUGAAAUGGCCAAACAGAUCCAGAAGGAAGUUCAGCAAGGUGUGGAGGCCUGGCUCACCCUUGGGAACGAGAGGCCUCACCUGAGCAUUGUUUUAGUGGGCGACAACCCAGCAAGCCACACAUAUGUGAGGAAUAAGAUACGAGCUGCCUCUGCUGUAGGUAUCUGUAGUGAGCUCAUUCUAAAACCUAAGGAAGUUUCUCAGGAAGAACUUUUGGAUAUAACUGAUCAGUUGAACAUGGAUCCCAAAGUCAGUGGUAUAUUAGUUCAGUUACCACUUCCAGAUCAUGUGGAUGAGCGGACAGUGUGCAAUGGAAUUGCCCCAGGAAAAGAUGUGGAUGGGUUUCAUGUUGUCAACAUGGGGAGACUGUGCCUGGACCAGCAUUCGUUCAUCCCUGCCACUGCCAGUGCUGUCUGGGAGAUCAUCAAAAGGACAGGAAUUGAAACUUUUGGGAAAAAUGUGGUUGUGGCUGGAAGAUCCAAGAACGUAGGCUUGCCCAUUGCCAUGCUUCUGCACACAGAUGGAGACCACGAGCGACCAGGAGGUGAUGCAACGGUGACCAUAGCACACAGAUACACCCCCAGGGAGAGGCUGAAGACCCAGACUCGGCUGGCAGACAUUAUUGUGGUCGCUGCAGGCAUUCCAAAGUUGAUCACGCCUGAUAUGGUUAAAGAAGAUGCUGUAGUGAUUGACGUGGGCAUCAACUACAUCUGCGAUCCAAUGACAGGAAAGACAAAAUUAGUUGGCGAUGUGGACUUUGAAGACCACUCUGGAGUCAGGCUGGCUUGGGUUUGAAUCCUAGCUCUGUCCCUUCAAAGAAUUAUGAUCUUAGCUGUAAGGAAGAAAGCUGGCUUUAUCACUCCAGUCCCCGGAGGUGUGGGGCCGGUGACGGUGGCGAUGCUUCUGAGGAACACCCUGCUGGCGGCUCAGAGAGUCAUCUACUAGGUCACAGGGGAGAAUAAAGCAGCCGGGGAACUCACAGUGCUCGUUUAUUUAACACGCAGCAAAAAUGUUUCUACUUUACCACGAAGCUAUUUAUUUCUACAUUGUCUAUUUUCUCAUGGAUGGAACCAUCGUGGAGGAGAUGAUUCACAUAAUUUUGUGCAUUUGCUGCCGACAGAUGUGGAGUUUUAGGAAAAACCAAAACAAUUUAAAUGAAAUUUUAUUAAUCAUUUUAUGGAUGUUUGUUCAUAAUGUUAAAACAAUAAAAGGUUCAUAGUAAAUAUAUUUUUGACAUAAUGCGAUAUCACCCACACUAUGUUCUAACAAAUGUUGUAUCAGCCAGAUGUGCACCCACAUGAAAUGUAAUUUAAGUUUUACCAUAAGCAUAAUUAGUUGAUACAUUUCAUGUUUUAUGUCAAAUACUGAAAAGGAGCUAUAGUAAAAUAAAUCUUGAUCUUAGGUAGCUCCCAGAUGCAACCAACAAGGGCAUCCUAAUGAGAAAGGGUAUUCUAUUGAGGGAAAGAAAAAUAUCCAAGGCAGAUGAAAGACACAAUGCCAUUUGGAAAGUGGUGAUUCUAACACAGUGUGAAGGAGUACUCACCAUGGUAAUACAGAUGAGGAACAUCUUAGGCUUGUCAUCAUUUCUUUCUUCUUUUAAAUAGCUUCACUGAAGAAUAAUGGAAAAUCCAAAAAUAAAUACACAUACAAGAUAAACCUAACGUUGUGUUUUCCUACAAAUGUCAAAAAACUUGGUACAGCAUGAUGGAGGAUACCAUAAAGGAUAGCAACUGAAAGGUUUGUUCCCAAAUUCAGAAAUCUGGUAAGAAAGCAUAGUGCUUUCAUUGUGUUGAAACUAUACCUUAGGACACAACUGAAAAUCUACAGCUGUGUGUCCACAGUUCCUCCCUUUUUUUUUUUAAUGGCAUUUGGUUCUCAAAAGAGAUGCAGGCUCUCUAGUACAAUUUAAAUUAAGAAACACAUGCAAACAGUAGUUGCAGGCUGGUUUGAGACUAGUAGAACCAUAUAACUGUAUUCACUUUUUAUGCACAAGUUCCAGUAUGUUCAUGAGCCAGUAAUGAUUCUUAUUUAAUGUGUGUCUUUAUCAGUGUGUACUCUUGAUCAUUUUGUGAAAAUAGAUUAGAUGUUUAACAACAUUUCAAAUACAUAAUAAAGCAAUUUGAAGAAUA